AUGCAGCGUAUCUUGCUGAACUUCAUUUGGAAUGCUCUGCAAUGCUGGAACGGCGGUAAACCUGUGACCGUUUGCAUUACCGCCAUAUGGCCAUCAUUCGCAAAGAUCCCCAACACUCUCAGCGCCAGCACACCGACGACGACAUAUGAACUCACUGGGUUCAUUGUCUUCUGGGUCGUAUCAAUACCAUUCCUCUUCAUCCGGCCCGAGCGUUUUAAGAACCCUUUCUUCAUCUCAUCUGUCGCAUGUGGUGCGGGCAUGGUGGCUCUGCUUAUCUGGUCGCUCACCGUCGCAAAGGGUGUCGGCCCCAUCUUCUAUCAAGGCCAGAGCGUCUCUUCUAGUUCUCGCUGGAGCGUCUCAUGGCUGAUGAUGGCGGGUAUCAACCAAGCCAUUGGUCAAAAGGCUGCCGGUAUGACCAACAGCAGUGACUUCCUCGUGUCUGUCUACUGGAUCACUGGUGUGCUGGUCUGUCUUGGCGGAUUGGUCACCACCGCAGCCUGUCAGAAGAUCUACGGAAGCAUUUGGUGGAACCCUCCCGACCUGUUGAUGGUCAUGAUGGAUCACGGCGAAGGCUCCUCUGCAUCUCGCGCCGGAGUCUUCUUCCUCGCCGGCUUGUUUCCUCGCUACAUCGACAUCCGCCGCGGCGCCCUCAUCACCUUCUUCGCCGCCUGGAUCAUCCAGCCCUGGCAGCUGAUCAACCAGGCCGCCACCUUCGUUGCCGUCCUCAACUCCUUCGCCGUCUUCCUCGCGCCCAUCAUGGGCGUCAUGGUCUGCGACUUCUUCUUCCUGCGCCAGCGCAAGGUCAAGCUGUCGCACCUGUUCCACCCCGAGUGUUGGCAAGUACAACCCUCGCCAUUAAAAGGCUACUUUAGUUAUCCCCCACGGGGCACAUAG